UUUCCUAUGGUGGUGAAUACUCCUCCCCCACAAUGUAUCCCCUCGACAGCAGCGGCAAACGUCGACCUGACGGCUAACUUGGCGGUUCAAGGGAGGAAAAACCGGAGGAGAAAGCCGAGGGUUUGCAAGAACAAAGAAGAGGCCGAGACUCAAAGAACGACUCACAUUGCAGUUGAGAGAAACAUGAGGAAGCAAAUGAAUGAACAUCUGGUUGUUCUACGCUCCCUCAUGCCUGAAUCUUAUGUCCAAAGGGGUGAUCAAGCAUCCAUAGUUGGUGGUGCCAUAGAAGAACGUUUUAUUUUUAAUAUAUCGAAGGCAAAAGUUAAGGAUUGUUUUAAAUAAAAUUGUAAUGGUUACCUUUGUCUUGAGGUCAUGAAGAACAUCCCCUACAGUGCUCUGCUUUGGCAAUCUUGUAGUAUGAAUA